UCUGUAUGCCUGGCAAAGCGGGGUUCGCGAGGUCUUCCAACGAAAGUCGUCUUCAUCCAUCCAUUACAUCCGCCAGCUUCUGCUGCAGGACCGCCCAUGCCGGGCCGACACGAGCACAAGAAGAGAAUUUAUGUUGAAGUGUUUCUGGAGUUUGAUUGCCACUCUGUUGGCAAUUCUCAUCAGCUGAUAAAUACAUCACAUGCAGCUGUUUGCGGUGCUCGGUUUUCCCGUUGACAAAGAGAUAGGCCCUUAUUACGAACGUCACUUCACGGUGAAAACGAAGUGGAAUGAGCACACCCCUACUACGGGAAUCACCCAAGUGAUGAAAAACAAAAAAGUUCAUCCAAAGUGACAACUGGAUGAACUCGGGAUUAUUAUGGUUGCCACGUCACCCGCAUUUUAACGAAAAAAAUGACAUGUACCGUGAAAAGUUGUCACCUUCGUUUUCAAACGUGAAAAGCAGUCGCAUAUAAUGGAGAAGAAAAAGACAAACAAACGCCAGUUUUCCCGGCUUGUGUCCUUCAUGGAGGAAAAUCCCGAGCUGGCUAGAGGAAGCAAAUUCAUAGCGCGGGAUUCGGUUACUUCCCUAUGGUGGAAGAUAACGGAUUCCUUGAACAGUUUGGGCCCUCCAAAUCGUUCCGUUGCAGCCUGGCAAAAGGUUUGGACUGACAAAAAAUUGCAACUGAGACGAAAGUUGCAGCACAACAAGACCGAGCUGACGGCCACUGGAGGUGGGCCAAAUAGCCUGCAUUCUUUCAACGAUCUGGAAGAAACCAUAAUUCGCCUCCUUUCGCUGGAGAGAGCAGUUAAUCAUAAUGGGUCUGUUUUCGGUACGCAGUUGGCAUCCGGUCAAGCACCCGGUUCAUCUGGAAUGGAUGAAAACCAAAACCUAGCUGAAGUAUCUGCUGGCGAGCCGCAGGCUAUAGAAGACGAGGAGCCUACACGGGACAAUGCAGCUCGGGAAGAUGAGGCAAGAGGUCAGUCGAAUGGACGAGGACGUGGACGUGGACGAACAACCAAACGUAAUUUCCGAAAAGCUCUUCUCGAAAAGCAGACUGACGAUCUCUACAAGAUAAAACGCCAUCAAAUGAUUCUGGAUAAGGAGAAGAAUAGAAAUCAGCAGCUAGAUUACCAGUUGCAGAUGCUGCAAUACAAAAAGCAGAAGCUCGACUUUGAGAUGAGACGAAAGUCUGAGAUACCUGAAGUUAGAGACGAAAGUGACGAUGAGUAG